AUGUCUUUCAACAGGACGCUGGGCGUCAGCUGGAGAUGUAGUCCUUUGCUCCCUCGCUUUGCCGUCACUGUCCGUCAUCAGCGUCACUCAACACAUCAGCUUUUCUACCAUACCACAGCUGAGACACAGAUACAGCCCCUGGAAGCCGAAGAAAGGAUAUACCACCCCCAGUCAGACGUGGAGGAACUGGAGGGAUACAGGCCUAGCGGAUACCAUCCAAUUCUCAUCGGGGACACUCUCUGUGGUUCCCGCUACAAGAUUGUCCACAAGCUAGGAUAUGGCGGCUAUUCAACCAUCUGGCUUGCUUACGACAAGCACCACCAACGCUAUGUCUCGCUGAAGAUCCUCAUUGCAGCAGCCUCACAGUACAGUGGUAAUAAUGAGAGUGGCAUUCUCCGUCUAUUGACAAAAGGUGACCCGGAGCAUCCCGGACAGCGGUUUAUACCAGCCUUGCUUGACCAGUUCUCCUUUGACGGCCCCAAUGGACACCAUCAGUGCCUCGUUGGAGAGCCAGCAGACGCUGCGAGGUCUAUUGCGGCUCAGCUCAUCAUGGGCUUGGACUAUUUGCAUACCAACGAUAUAUGCCAUGGAGAUCUUCAUUUGGGCAACUUUCUUCUUCGCGUGCCUGGCUUUAAUAACUUGAGCACAGCUGAGUUGUACGAACGCCAUGGUAAACCGUACGAGAACAUGCCUGCCAAUGAGAUGAAAGAUCCCGAGAUCCUCAUAUCAGACUACGGAACGUCCUUCAUUAUGUCAAAAACAUCGUCUCCAACUCUUCAUACUCUAGCUCUGUGCGCUCCUCCGGAAGAAUUCUUCCAUGACCACAUCAUCGGCACUGCAGCAGAUGUAUGGACUUUAGCCGUGGUUCUGUAUGAUGCCAUGGGCGAACGGCCACUCUUUGAAACCUUUGCAUGGGACCCAGACGACAUCAUUGGUGAGAUGGUCAACACCUUGGGCCAUCAGCAUAUGCCGGCACGAUGGUGGAAGUCCUGGAAGAACCGCUCUGAGUUCUUCAACGAGGAUGGUUCUUGGAUCAGCAACUUCCAGCGCAUCAAUACGCCUGAGUUCUGUCGCCUUCAUCGGCGGAUGUGGGAUAUGGGACGGGGUGAGACGCCAGAGAGCUGUCAAUGGGAUGUUGCUGGGGGUGAGCUCAGAGCAUUGGAGGCCAUGCUGAGGUCUAUGAUGACUUUUGAGCCAGCUUAA